UCCGCCUCCGCCUCCGCCGCCGCCGCCGCCGCCUCCGCCGCCGCCUCCGCCUGGCUCAUUCAGCUUUGCUGGGAGCGGUGUGUUCCCGACUAAGAUGGCGGGUGUGGGGCGACUCGGCUCUUUCGGUUCCUCUCCGGCGGGAUUAACCUCGACUUACACGGGCGGUCCCUUGGCCAACGAGCUAACCUCGGGCAACGGCGGCGCCGCGGCAGGGGACGACGAGGACGGGCAGAAUCUUUGGUCCUGCAUCCUUAGCGAGGUCUCCACCCGCUCGCGCUCCAAGCUCCCCGCGGGGAAGAACGUGCUGCUGCUGGGUGAAGAUGGAGCUGGAAAAACAAGCUUAAUAAGAAAAAUUCAGGGAAUAGAGGAGUAUAAGAAAGGAAGAGGAUUGGAAUAUUUGUACUUAAAUGUUCAUGAUGAAGACAGGGAUGAUCAAACAAGAUGUAAUGUAUGGAUCUUGGAUGGAGACCCGUAUCACAAAGGCCUCCUUAAAUUUUCACUGGAUGCCAUUUCUCUGAAGGACACUCUAGUUACGUUGGUUGUUGAUAUGUCAAAGCCUUGGACUGCUUUGGAUUCUUUACAGAAAUGGGCAAGUGUUGUUAGAGAACAUAUUGACAAAUUGAAAAUUCCUCCUGAAGAAAUGAAAGAAAUGGAACAAAAGUUGAUUAGAGACUUUCAAGAAUAUGUAGAGCCAGGAGAAGAUUUCCCAGCUUCUCCUCAGAGAAGAACUACCGCAUCACAGGAAGACAAAGACGACAGUGUGGUUUUACCUCUGGGUGCAGAUACACUUACACAGAACUUGGGCAUUCCAGUACUAGUAGUUUGCACAAAGUGUGAUGCCAUUAGUGUGUUGGAGAAAGAACAUGACUACAGAGAUGAGCAUUUCGAUUUUAUUCAGUCUCAUAUCCGGAAGUUUUGUUUACAGUAUGGUGCAGCACUUAUUUACACUUCAGUAAAAGAAAACAAAAAUAUAGAUUUAGUAUAUAAAUACAUUGUUCAGAAACUCUAUGGAUUUCCCUAUAAGAUUCCUGCUAUUGUUGUGGAAAAAGAUGCAGUAUUUAUUCCAGCAGGGUGGGAUAAUGAUAAGAAGAUAGGAAUAUUACAUGAAAAUUUUCAAAUGUUAAAAGCAGAAGAUAAUUUUGAAGACAUCAUAACUAAACCACCUGUCCGAAAGUUUGUGCAUGAGAAGGAAAUUGUGGCAGAAGAUGACCAAGUGUUUCUUAUGAAGCUACAGUCCCUUUUAGCAAAGCAACCACCAACUGCAGCUGGAAGGCCUGUGGAUGCCUCGCCAAGAGUCCCAGGAGGCUCCCCUCGAACACCAAACAGAUCUGUGUCGUCCAAUGUUGCCAGUGUGUCACCCAUCCCUGCUGGGUCAAAAAAAAUUGAUCCAAACAUGAAAGCUGGAGCUACAAGUGAAGGUGUCCUGGCAAAUUUCUUCAAUAGUUUGCUGAGUAAAAAGACUGGUUCCCCAGGAGGCCCUGGUGUUGGUGGUGGUAGCCCUGGAGGUGGGGCUGGAGGUGGAAGCAGUGGUUUACCACCAUCUGCCAAAAAGUCAGGCCAGAAACCUGUCCUAUCAGAUGUUCACGCGGAACUAGACAGAAUUGCACGAAAACCAGUUACAGCUUCUCCUGCAACACCCACAUCUCCUACGGAAGGAGAAGCUUCUUGAAGAUACCAAAUAAAGCCAUUUAUUCAGUUUUCUGGGAUAAUGUAAACUUGCCUCUGCCUUCUCCUUCAAAAGUGGAAUUAGGGAGCUGGAGUGCUUUUUCAGAUGGACUAAUAAAUUCAUGUCUUUUUUGUGUA